UGACUAGAGGAACGGAAAAUGGCGGACCUCGAAGACGUUACGCUGGACGGGAGACCGCUCCAGUCCCUCCGUGUAGCGGACUUAAAGGCAGCUCUUGAGGAGCGAGGACUGUCGAAAAGCGGGCAGAAGAAUGCUCUCGUCAAAAGGCUCAAAGGGGCUCUCAUGCUGGAGAACUUGCAGAGGACCUCCACCCCUCAUAUUGGACUGCAGCCAAACUCUCAGAUUGGUGAGGAGAUGAGCCAGAACAGUUUUAUCAAACAGUAUCUGGCUCAGCAACAGGAGCUCCUGAGGCAGCGUCUGGAGAGAGAGGCUCGGGAAGCGCACGAAACAAACGAUCAACAGGACCACAGAGAUGUUAACAACAGUACAUCUUGUCCUCCCGCUGCUCAGGACGUCGCACCGCCUGUGCAGCACAAGCUACCUGGCCCUUCUGUAGGAGAGGAAUUGUUUGGUUCUGUGAAUGCUGGACAAGACAAUGGGAAUCAGGAGGCUGAUGUGUCCAGUCCACCUGCUUCAGCCUCUGUGGCCAUGCGGAUCCCCGGCGGUGAGCAGCGGUCAGAGCGAGGUUCUGCUUCCAGCGAAGUUGCAGGUGACAGUGAUGAUGAAGACAGUGAGGGAGGUGAUGAUGAUGAUGACUGGGGAAACAACGCUCCGCGGAGGAACCUCAGAGAGCCACCCAGAGUUCCCGCAGCAAGGGAGAGGUCUGGUGCACCACGUCAACCCCAGCAACAACACAUCCCUUCUCUUUUGUCUCCUCAGCUCCGUCAGCCAACACCACCUCCAUCCCCACCUCCAGAGUUAUCGUUCCCAUUACCUGAUACCCCUAAACAGAGCCCACCUAGUCCCCCUGCUGCCGCAGCCAGACACUCGCCCAGCUCCUCCAGCUCUGGUUCCUCCAGCAGCGGCAGUCGCAGUAGCAGUCCAGAGCCUCAAAGGAGUGGACAUGCCGAGCGUAAGCCUGGUCCGCUGACCCUUCUGGCUCGCAAAAUGGAGUCUGAGGGGGCUUUCUCUGGAGCAGGUUGGCAUGGCACUGAUGGCGAAGGUCAUAGGCAGGAUAGCAGCUCACCUUCAGCCAUGUUGUUUCCUGGAAGGGGCGCUCAUGAUGGUCUGGUUUCUGCUGUCACAGUCAACACUGCAAGCCAUGUAUCAUUUCCCAAGAUUUCUAGCGCCCACCAGGGUGUCGCACCUCUCCAACUUCCUGUGAGUGUGCUUAAGGCCACGGCAGCAGAGGAAAGAGACAGAGAGAGAGAAGCUGAGAUGGAAAGAGAACGAGCACUUGAGCUGGAAAGGCAAGAGAAGCUGAGACAAGUUGAACAAGAACGAGCAGCAGAGGAAGAGCGAGAACGAUCUCUCGCACUAGAGCAAGAAGAACGUGAGAGAGCUCUGGAGAGGGAGAGGUUUGAGCUCCAGCAGGUCUUGGAAAAAGAAAAGGCUUUACAACGAGAGCAAGAACUUGCUCUAGAAAGAGAAAGACAGGAGAGGGAAAGGGCUUUGGCUAAAGAGCAGGAAGAGCGUAAGAAGGCCAUGGAGCUGGAGAGACAGAGAGCCCUGGAGGAAGAACGGCUGCAGAGAGAAAGAGAAGAGAAGGCAAAGAGGGAAAGAGAAGAAAUGGAGAGGGCAAUGGAACUAGAAAGAGCCAAAGCUUUGGAGCUAGAACGGCUAGAGAAAGAAAAGGCACUUGAGCAAGAGAGGUUGGAGAGAGAGCAAGCUCUGGAGGCUGAGAGAAGGGAGAAGGAACGAAUCGAGAGAGAAAAGGUUUUAGAACAGGAGAGGCUGGAAAAAGAGCGAAUUGAGAGAGAAAAGGUUCUGGAACAAGAGAGGCUGGAAAAAGAACGACUUGCGAGAGAAAAGGCUCUAGAACAGGAGAGGCUGGAAAAAGAACGAAUCGAAAGAGAAAAGGCUCUUGAACAGGAGAGGCUGGAAAAAGAACGAAUCGAGAGAGAAAAGGUUCUAGAACAAGAGAGAUUGAAAAAAGAACGGCUUGAAAAAGAAAAAGCUCUAGAACAGGAAAGGCUGGAAAAAGAACGACUUGAGAGAGAAAAGGCUCUAGAACAGGAGAGGCUGGAAAAAGAACGACUUGAGAGAGAAAAGGUUUUGGAACAAGAGAGGCAGGAAAAAGAACGACUUGAGAGAGAAAAGGUUUUGGAACAAGAGAGGCUGGAAAAAGAACGACUUGAGAGAGAAAAGGUUUUGGAACAAGAGAGGCUGAAAAAAGAACGAAUCGACAGAGAAAAGGCUCUAGAACAGGAGAGGCUGGAAAAAGAACGAAUUGAAAGAGAAAAGGCUCUAGAACAAGAGAGGCUGGAAAAAGAACGAAUAGAGAGAGAAAAGGCUCUUGAACAGGAGAGAGAACGAAUCAGGAGAGAAAAAGCUUUAGAACAAGAGAGGCUGGAAAAGAAAAGAAUUGAGAGAGAAAAGGCCCUAGAACAAGCAAGGCUGGAAAAAGAACGAAUCAAGAGAGAAAAGGCCCUAGAACAAGAGAGGCUGGAAAAAGAACGAAUCGAGAGAGAAAAGACGCUAGAACAGGAGAGGCUGGAAAAGGUGAGGAUUGAGAGGGAGAAAGCACUGGAACAAGAGAGAAAAGACAGGGAAAGACGAGAGAGGGGCAAAAUGGAGAAGUUAGAGAGGGAGGCAACUUUGGAACGAGAAAAGAUGGAGAAAGAAAAAGCUGAGAAGGAGAAAAAAGAACAGAUGGAAAGAGAAAAGACUCUCGAGCAGGAGAAACGUGAUAAAGCCAAGACAUUGGAGAAGGAAAGAAAGGAGAAGGAGAGAACGUUAGAGCUAGAAAAAGGAAGCGCUCUUGAACAACAAAGACUGGAGAAGAAGAAAGCAAAGCAGAAAGAAGAAGAACGAGAAAGGGCCCUGGAGGAGGAUAAAGAGAAGUCAAAUAUAGCUGAAAAGAACAAGGGGGUUCUCCCCCUAUCCAAAUGUGGACGUGAAGUCCCUCCCCAGCCAACCCCUUCUCCACUUUCCAAAAAAACAACUCACAAAUCCUCAACAGAGCCAGGACAGGAACAUGUCUAUGAUCCAGUGUCCCAGACUAAAGUCCACACAGCAGAGUCUGAUAAAAUCCCUCUGUCUCCUCACUCGUCAUUUAAGAAGUUCAGGUUUUUUAGGGACUCCCCCAUACAUCCCAAGUCCUCCACUUCGUUGGUUAUUAAGCGACCUCGUACUUUCUCUGAUAGCCCCCAGUCCCAGACCUCACAUGUCACUUCACCUACCUGUGUUGGGGAGCGAGGAUCCUCUACUAAGCAGGAAGAGCCACAGAUUGGAACAAACCAGGAAGUUGGUGCUGCGACAGUAAGACCUACAGAGGCCCAGUCUAAGAAAAUCACUGAAACAUUAGCUCAGGACCAGAGUCCUACAGAAGAAAGAGCAAAAGGCUUUGUUUUGGAGAACAAUCAGAAGGCCUCACCCCAGAUGGAAGCAUCCUUCAAGGAGUUCAUCAAAAGUUCAAAAGAACUGGAAGAAAGCAAGGAGUCUCCAGGCCCAGUAGAUGGUUCAGAACAGAGGGAACAAGAUUCAAAAAAGCCAGAGAAACUAGCACGACAAAGGUCAUCGUCGAAUGAGUCAUCGUCUUCAGAAUCAGAUUCUGGGUCUUCAUCAUCUCAAUCGUCUGGAUCAUCCACAUCUUCUCAAGAUAAAACCUCUUCCUCCUCCAGAGGUAGAGAGAAGGAGAAAUGUAAAGGAGAAUCCUCAACACUGCACAUGGAAACGGCUGAGGCUGUAAAGGACAAAGAGACGCCUGUAGAGAGGAAUAACACUGCUGAUAAAGACAUUCACACUAUGAAAUUGGUCGCAGAGGGACCUUCCAGAGUAGAUUUGAGCAAGAAGAGAAAGCGCAGCGAGCGAGAGGAGGAACAGGAGAAACAAAGGCAAGUGACGGACGCUGUCGUGACUGAUCCACAAAAGCUUUCGGGAACGAGCGAGGAGGUAUCAAAAGUUUUCUCGGCUCGCAAGAUCUCCCUUGGCAGCAGUAAAUCAUCCCCGGGCAGCGGAGAGGGUGACCAGGAGUCUGUGCCCGUUGCCGGUCGUAAGAGAAGAUGGGGCUCCAGCACAGCUGUCACUGCCAAGAAACCCUCCAUCAGCAUCACCACAGAUUCACUGAAGUCUCUGAUUCCUGACAUCAAGCCGGCUCUAGGUCAGGAGGCAGUAAUGGACCUUCAUCCUGAGGAAGCUGCCCUAUCUGGAGCUGAGGAUGAAGAGCAGGAAUGUUCAGACCAGAACCUUCAGAUCCGACGCACUGUCACACAGGUGAUCCAUGCUGAGGAGAACGGACAGCAAGAGGCAAAGAGGAGCAGGUGUGAGGAGUUUGAGGAGGAGGAUUCACACUUAGAGCAAGAAAGUAUAAAGGUCCAUGAAGAGCAGAUGGACACUUCUGUCCCUGGAGCUUUGGAAACCCAGUCACCAACUCCAACUAGCCAAGAUGUUGAAAUUAGCACUGUAACGCUCAGCGAACCCCUCAUCCGUCGCUCCAUCAGCCAACAGAAAACAGGUGUUUACAUCACCGUUGAUGACCCUGUUCGUACGAGCCGGCAGCCUUCACCGCCUCGAGGCAAAGCCUCCAGCAUCGUUCACGUCUGCAACCUGGUGAGGCCGUUCACUCUCGGCCAGUUGAAGGAGCUGCUCAGCAGAACUGGCAGUCUGGUGGAGGAUGGCUUCUGGAUCGAUAAAAUCAAGUCCCAUUGUUACGUCACCUACUCGUGUAUGGAGGAGGCGGUGGCGACGCGAGUAGCUCUUCAUGGAGUCAAAUGGCCUCAGAGCAACCCUAAAGUCCUUCGAGUGGACUUCUGUGAGCAGGAUGAGUUGGAUUUCCACAAAGGCUUGAUCAUAGCGGACAAACCCGGAGGAGAAGAAAUGGGCCCCGCCUCGGGACAUGUGCGAACAUUAGGUCUGCCCCCUCUGAUGCCCGAGAGAUACCUGUGGAGCGAGCGCGAGCGAGAGAUGGAGCGCAGAGAGCGGGCCCGAGAGGAGCGGGAGUGGGAUCGGGACAAGAUCAGAGAGUUCAGGAAACCUGGGGAGGAGAAGGACGGGGGCCCUCGGAGGUCGCGCUCCAGAGAGAGACGGCGUAAGGAGAGAGGGAAGAGCAAGGAGAAGAAGACAGAAAAGAAAGCUGAAGACCCCCCAGCCAAAUUGCUUGAUGACUUGUUCUGCAAAACUAAAGCAACUCCUUGCAUUUACUGGCUUCCCCUCACAGAGGAGCAGUUCCUUCAGCGGGAAGCUGACCGAGCAGAAAGGAGGAAACAGCGAGAGAAAAUAAGGAAAGAACAAGAAGAAGAGGAGGCCAAAAAAAUGGAAGAGGAGCGUAAGGAGAGGAUGAAAGUUGCAGGAGCCACGACGGGAGACCGAAGUGAGGGUGAGAAAGAGAAGGACCGAGAGAGGGACAGAGGUAGAGAUGGAGACCGGGACAGGAACAGAGACCGAGACAGGGAGAGAGAGAAUGACAAACGCAGGGAUGCUUACCGUAGACCAGGAGGCAGUUCAGCUCGCCGCUCACGCAGCCGAAGCGAUCCAAGAGAGAGGAGGCACUGAAGGCUCACAGACUGUCGCCGAGACCGCCCUCUUCCAUUUGCCUUCACUACAUGUACUUUGUUGCAGCAAAGACCCGACAGAGGACCAAUUGAUGUCGCUUCCAUCCCUCCAAAAGUCACUUCUUUUAGCACAUCUCCACAUCCUGUCAAAGGAGGCGGAGGAGUGACUCCUGCAGUGUUUUUCAGAGUGCUGUACGUCUUGGUCUGUUCAACUAUUUCCUUUAAUCUUUCGCCGAUCUCUUCAGUUUUUGUCCCGAGCGCGUAGCAGUACGGCACACUGAGCAGGUUUUAUUCACUCCUGAAUCCACCUUUUCUAAACGCAGCUGUGCAAAUCCUAGUUUUCAAUCAGUGGACGAGUCUUUUGGGCUGAAACGCUCGGAGUGCUUUCGUUGCUGCAUGUAGUGCAAAGUUACCCUUUCAGAGGUUUGCAAAAAUCAGAAAAUAUUGCAAUUGUUUGGUAUUUUGUACAGAUCUAUAAGAAUAUUCAAAUUUAAGUCUUUAAAUAAGGCAGCUCUGGGGGUUUUUCACUUAGUGUGUAAAAACUACGAAGGCGAUGCAGUGUUCCUCUUUCUCCGGGAAGAGUUGAGAUAAUUCUCUUUUGGAGAAAAUCUGUCAUACCCGACAAAAAUAAAGAUUAUAUCCUUGUUAAAUCCCCCCCUUUCCCCCCUCCCUCGCUUCUAACCCCACAGAGUCUUUUCAGGCCUGAGAGGAGAGAUCACAUUAUGACUUUUACCACCAAUGGUUUUAAUAUUGUUUUUUAUUGUUAUUUUAUCAUUUUAG